UCCUUCCCGUUUCCUCCUCCCAACGUUUUGUGCUUGCCUUGCCCCCGCGGCCUUGGGGAGGGGAGGAGGAGCCGACGAGGAGGGGGGGAGGGGAGGAGGAGGGAGGAGGACACGAAUAACAAUCGCCACUGCACGGGAGCAAUCCCACCCGGAGACACACAACGCGUCGAGACGCGAAAUAAUGGCUCCGCCGCCCGCCGCUCGGGCCGCUGCCGCCCUCCUCCUCGCCGCGCUGCUCGCGCUGGCCUCCUCCCACGCCGCCGCGGCCACCGGCGUCUUUCAGGUGCACCGCAAGUUCCGUCGAGCAGCCGGCGAGGAAGGGGGUAACAUAACCGCCCACCUCGCCCACGACGUCACCCGCCGGGGCCGUCUCCUCGACGCCGUCGACGUGCCCCUCGGUGGCCUUGGCCUCCCCACCGACACCGGGCUCUACUAUACGAAGAUCGAGAUCGGGACGCCGCCCAAGCCAUUCCACGUGCAGGUCGACACGGGCAGCGACAUCCUCUGGGUCAAUUGUAUCUCCUGCGACAAAUGCCCCCACAAGAGCGGCAUCGGGAUAGACCUGAUGCUCUAUGACCCCAAGGGAUCAUCUAGUGGGAGCACGGUAUUUUGCGACCAAGGCUUCUGUGCGGCCACAUACGGGGGCAAGCUACCAGGGUGCACUGCCAGCUUGCCUUGCGAGUACAAUGUCAUGUAUGGUGACGGUAGCUCCACCACGGGCUACUUCGUCAAUGACUCCCUGCAGUAUAAUCAAGUCUCUGGGGAUGGGCAAACAAGGCAUGGCAGUGGCAGGGUCAUAUUCGGGUGUGGUGCACAGCAAGGUGGGGAUUUAGGCAGUACUAACCAGGCCCUUGAUGGAAUUAUUGGGUUUGGCCAAUCAAAUACAUCAAUGCUAUCACAGCUAGCUACUGCAGGAAAAGUGAAGAAGAUAUUUUCUCAUUGCCUGGAUACCAUAACUGGAGGUGGAAUCUUUGCCAUCGGAGAAGUUGUACAGCCAAAAAUAAAAUCAACACCAUUGAUACCCAAUAUGCCGCACUACAAUGUGAAUCUGAAGUCAAUUGAUGUUGGUGGUACUGCUCUACAGCUUCCAUCACAUAUUUUUGAAACGGGUGAGAAAAAAGGUACCAUCAUUGAUAGCGGUACAACCUUGACAUAUCUUCCGGAGCUGGUUUACAAGGAAGUAAUGGCUAAGAUUUUUGCCAAGCAUCAGGAUAUGACCUUCCGCAGUAUUCAAGAUUUUCUGUGUUUUCAGUAUCAUGAAAGUGUAGAUGAUGGAUUUCCAAAAAUCAUCUUCCAUUUUGAGAAUGAUCUUGGACUGAAUGUGUAUCCACAUGAUUACUUUUUCCAAAACGGGGAUAACCUGUAUUGUGUUGGAUUCCAAAAUGGUGGAUUGCAAUCAAAGGAUGGAAAGGAUAUGGUGCUUCUAGGAGAUCUGGUCCUUUCAAAUAAGGUGGUUGUCUAUGACUUGGAAAACCAAGUCGUUGGAUGGGCCGAUUACAACUGCUCCUCUAGCAUGAAAGUUAAGGAUGAAAAGACAGGGGCAACAUACACAGUUGAUGCGCACGAUAUCUCCUCGGGAUGGAGACUUCAGUGGCAAAAGUUCCUGAUUCUGUUGUUAGUAACAAUGGUGUGCAGUUACUUAAUUUUCUAACUCUGAUGUACAACAAAAACUCUGAUGAAAAUUCAUUUGAUUGCUCUUUUCUCAAAGAGGAAAUGUAGGGCUUUAGAUUGUAUAUUCUUUGACAAAGGGAAAAGAAUGAGAAAGCAUGGUUCCACUUUUCA